CAGCCACUCGCUCCUACCUAGCUCUUAGUCACCACACACAAUAACAUAGCCGAAACGAACCCGCCAGCAAGCCCGCCGACCUUGAGCUAGAUAACGGGUGCUCCAGUCGAAGUCGAUGACGUACCGGUUCGUUAUCCGCUUUGUACCCCGCUGCUAUCAGAUUAGUCCACCAGGGAAAAUGUGCGAUGGAGCCGAGCCAACCAAAACUGCCAUAUCUGCAAUUGUAGAUGGGCUCGCUAGGUGUACGCAAGUGGGCUGCAGACGAGCGUGACGCAACAAUAUGUGCUGAGGAAACUUUUUGUAACCUCCUAAUUUAGGUGGCGACCCAAGUACCUGAGCUUGGUUCUGUGUUAGUGGUCGGAAAUCUUACUCAGCACAUCCAACGUGC